CGGAUCUGAGACCAUGGCCCCGACCAAGCCGAACCUGGAGGACCCGGAGGUCAAGAAGCAGGCGCUGGCCUCGCUGGCCAAGACCAUCCCGGUCGUGCCCUUUAAGGGCGUCGAGUUCUUCGACGUGGGCGGCCUGCUGGCCAACCCGGAGAAGCUGCAGCUGACCUUCGACCUGUUCGUGCAGGCCGUGACGCCCUUCAUGGACCAGGUGGACGCCAUCGGCUGCUUCGACGCGCGCGGCUUCCUGUUCGCGCCCUACCUGGGCGCGCUCUUCCAGAAGCGCGUCUUCAUGCUGCGCAAGCCCGACAAGAUGCCGAGCGUGAGCGACACGAUCGAGUAUUUCAAGGAGUACAAGGGCGACAACAGCGAGGGCGGCGACCACCUGAGCAUCCAGGCGUACGCCGUCAACAAGGGCGACCGCGUGCUGCUCGUGGACGACCUACUGGCCACGGGCGGCACGUGCGAGGCCGGCAUCCGCCUCGUGCAGCAGGCGGGCGCCUCGGUCACGGCCUGCAUCUUCGUGGUCGAGAUCGCCGUGCUGGACGGCCGCGGCCGCGCCAUCAAGGCCAGCACGGACGAGAAGACCCAGGUCAUCUCGCUGCUCACGGAGAAGGACUUCUAAGCAGGCUGGCCUGCAUUUAGUUGUUGUGCUUUCUGCGUCGGUCU